UCUGAAAAGCAGCACAUUGUUAAGUCUAUAUAGUGCUACUAUUUAUGCCACAUAAAAUUUUCCAGCACAUUUUGGCUCAGUAAAAAGAUACAGCUGAAAAUAGAUUUAUUUAUUUUGCAUGUCUGCAAUUGUUUCAUUUUCUGUGAAUAAACAAAUCUUUCAACAUCAGUUAAAUCUUCAGGGGAAACAAUCUGGACUUGCCCUUGCAUGAUAAACAAAGCUUCCCUCAAAUUAAUGAAUAGACCGAGCGUAAAAUAAAUUAUUCUCACAUUAGUAAGAUUAAUGAGCUGUCCAAGAAAUAAGGGCUUAAAAAUCUGCUGGAGAUGAAUUGCGAAAUUUCACUGACUGCCAUUGGUCACACAUAUUAAAGGCUCAAUUACUUUUGGCUGAUUGUCUCAGCGGCCUCUGUGAAAAUUAGCCAACUAAUUAAAGCACUCAUGGUGCUUAACUUUAAAGUUCUGUAGCGUGGAGAUCAGCAGCAUGUCCAUACCAUUAAAAUGGGUAGAUGGGUUAUUAUUGAUUCCUAAUAGCGCCAAACCCCAGCACACUUUAGAAAAAAAAACAUUAAGCUGAGUCCUUGGCUGGCCCGGUGCCACUGAUCAAUGCCAUGUUACAUCCAAAAAGGGAGAGAUUCAAAAUCAAAGCUGUCGCUAUAGCAACGCCCCUGCCCGAUUCCACCAAUCAAUGGUGUCCGCGGGGUUGUGAGAGAUGCGCCAGGGGAAAGGCCAGCGUCCUACAUAAAGAGUCCAGGACAGGGAGCUGGGCAACACAGCAGGCAGCACACCUUUCUGCGCACAUCCAGCCGGUGGGAGAGUGGCGCCGAGACAGAGAGGAGAGGGGAAAGGACAAAGAAGCAGAGACAGUGAAGAACUGGGAAGAGAUGGAGCGCUCAUAUGAACACAAGAUUCCUUGCUGGGUUUAUGUGCUCUUCUUUUUACACUUCCACUCAGUCACAGUCAGCGGAGCUCCCCUGAAGCAAGAGGCAGCCCUGGACAACGGUGCCACAGUGCUGAAUCACUCCAUGCAUUUGGUGCAUCGCAUGGAGAACUUGCUGACCUUGGGAAACAGUAGCGAUGUUAGCCUGCGGGUGCAAACCAUGAACACUGAUGAGGUGAAGGUGAUCCAAGCCCACAGUCUGGUCCUUACCCUGCAGAGCGACGUGUUUGAGGAGCUGUUGCUCAGCCGCAACAACAGUGUUCUGGUGUUAAUUGAAACAUCAGAGUGUGCAGCUGUCUUUGACAAGUUUGUCAGAUAUUUGUACUGCGGUGACAUCUCACUCCGCCUCGAUCAAGCCAUAUCCCUGCACAAGUUGGCCAGCAAGUACCGUGUGUGGGGCUUGCAGCAAGGCCUGACCCAAUAUAUGACUCAACAUCUUUCCAGUGAUUCGCCCACAGGCCACGUGGUUAGCUGGUACAACUAUGCACUGCAAAUUGGGGACGCAACCCUGCGGGACAGCUGUCUGCAGUACCUGUCCUGGAAUCUGUCCUCUGUGCUGCAGAGUGGAGAAUGGGGCUCCAUUAGUGAAGACCUGCUCCUGUCCUUGCUCCAGCGCUCUGACCUCAUUCUGCAGAGUGAGCUGGAGCUCUACGAGGCGCUGGAGAUCUGGAUCAACCAGAACCAGCCAAUUAGCUCAACAGUAGAGACUGCCCUGAGAGCUGUUCGGUACGGCAUGAUCCCUCCUCAACAUCUCUUUCGUCUUCAGAGGCAUUCACCCCUCAUGGUGAAGUAUUAUGAGGCCAUCCGUGAUCUCCUCUAUCUCGCUUUCCAGUUCCACUCUGCAUCACCGAUUCAACUAGCCAAGUACUUUGAUGUCAACUGUAGUAUCUUCACUCCCCGUAACUAUUUGUCCUCAUCUUGGGGUACUCCUUGGAUCAUCAACAACCCCACACGUGAUGACCGUAGUUUCAGCUUCCAGACCCAACUUGGGCCCAGCGGUCAUGACUCCAGCAAGAGAGUGACGUGGAAUGCCCUGUUCUCCCCUCGCUGGCUCCCACUCAGUGCCAGAUCCACCUACACUGAGCUGGGUUCCAUGCAGCCCACUCGCACAGAGGGAGGUCGACCUCGCAUCAUCGUAACGCCGGCCACCUCUAGCCCCGACUUUGCUGGAGUGAGUUUCCAGAAAGCAAUCAUUGUGAUGGCAAAGCAACAAGGAAAAGUGAUUGUCCGCCAUGUGUACAACUUCCACCAAAGUACAGAGGAGUCUGGGGAUUUCUUGGUGGAUGCUGACAUUCAACGUCGUGCAUCAGAGUACCUAAUUGACAGCUCUCUCUAUCUGCAUGUUGUGAUCAAACCUCUUUACCAUAGCUUGCUUGUUGCCAGGAAAUAAAAACAGGAAUUUUUUUUUUGUGAUCUCACCCAACCCUUAUCUGCCCACACAAUCACAUGCACAUGUUCCAAAACACACUCAUAUCACACUGUGUGUAUGUGUCAGCUCCAGAAAUUCACUCUGUAACAUUGUUUCAUUCUUUUGUCUUCCAGUUGUAUAGCAAAAAGUAAAAAAUUGAACUGCAAUACAAACUGUGAUUAUCAUCGUAAUUACUAAUAGCAACAUAAAAUAUAGGUUGUAUUUCAGUAAGUAGUAGUUUUUCCUUGAAUUUAUGAAUCUGUGUUGCUGCCCAUGUUUGAAUAGGCCAUAUAUGUAUUUUGCUUUGAAAAAACAAACUGACAUUCACUGCUACAUGUAUGGAUUGUUAUUUUCUUUGCUGUCAAAUAUAGAUUUGUAGUUCAUGGGAGAUAUUUGGUACAGUAAUUUAUGCACCACUUUGAAUUUUAGAUAUCAAAAUGUUUUGUAGGGUUUUAAUGUGAUGUAGUUUGUCUUGCAAGACUGGAAAGAUGAUUGCUGCACAGACAUUUUUUCCAUUUUACAUUGCUUGUUGAUUUAGUUACUUUGCAUUUUUAACAUAUGUAUUUUCUUUAGCUUUUUGAAAACCCAAGCAGUCUGUGAUAACAAAAAAAUAAUUUAAAAAGAUAUAUAGCCUCAUACAGGACAAUGAGAUUUUAAAUUUUAGGUGUUGAUCUGUCUUUUAAAGUAAGACUUAGUAAAGUCAAAAAUAUUUGACUUAUUUUAAAUGUCUGUUUUUCUCUUUUGUAAAUCAAAUAAUAAAUAAAAGUUUUGUU